AUGAAGUGUUUGUUGGUGUUCUCCAUCGUUAUAGCAGCCGCUGCUGCAAACGUAGUAAGAUACUCAGGGUUGGAUAAAUACCCUGAGACUGAAAAAUACAGAACAUAUAAGGAAGGUGACAGGUACUUUUAUUUACCAAACGAUGAGGGAACCAUGACAUUAGUUGACGCUGAAGAACCGGUCGAUAUGGAUGACAUAAAUAGCCUUGUGAGGAACGCUAUGGAUAAUGGCUACUGGUUGUAUACUAGGGCAAACCCCACAACACCACAGUUUUUGUAUUUAAACAACCAAGCCUCUGUGAUUAGCUCCAACUUUGAUGCUUCGAAAGUUACAGUAGUGAUUGCCCAUGGUUGGAAUGGACACGGCAAUCACCGGAUGAACAAAAUGUUGACUGAAGCUUUUCUUGAAGAUGAUGAUGUAAACGUUAUUAUCAUUGAUUGGAGCAGUGUUGCUACUAGGAACUACAUUGCAGCAAGACGAGGCACUGCUGCAGUAGGCAGGGGACUGGGUCAAUUUAUUAGCUGGAUGGUUGAAGCAGGAUUUUUAUCAUAUUCCAAAAUCCAUUUAGUUGGCUUUAGUCUUGGUGCCCAUUUGGUUGGAAAUGCUGGAAGGGUAACUGGUUCCGCAGUCACGCGAAUUACAGCGCUGGACCCUGCUGCACCUCUAUGGGGAAGGGACAAUGAGCGGUUGAAUCCCAAUGACGCUCGAUAUGUGGAAGUCAUUCACACGGACAUUAAUCUACUUGGUUGGGCUGAUCCGAUUGGCGAUGCUGACUUUUAUCCCAAUGGAGGUGCCUACAUGCCUGGAUGCUCUCUGAACAACAAAUGUUCUCACGAUCGUGCAUAUAAAUAUAUGGCUAGUUCUAUAAGGCAUAACCAUUUUCUUGCCUACGAGUGUAAUUCACUGAGAGAUGCAAGGCGCGACAACUGCCAUGGUACUCCUCCCGCCCACAUGGGCAACAGUGAUCUAAAUAAAUCAAGACCUGGUAUAUUCAGAGUGAACACUGGCCGAUAUUACCCCUUCUAA